AUGGCAGGAAAAGACCAAAAUGAAACUCGAAGUACCUCUCCAAACGGGUAUUCACGCGAGAUAUUGCCCAAAGACCUCCAAAAGCUAGUCGAUAGGCAGGAUGACUGGAUGGAUGACCUUUACGAGGGUCAAGGCCCAGAUUCCACUAGCACUGGUGUGCGAUAUGCCGCCUACGCAAAUCGUCUGCGCACUAUCAUGCUGAGCGCCCACCGAUACGUUGCAUAUACAUCAGAUAUUGGAGAGUCUUUCCGGCCUGUGGCCCAUCCUCUGAUGGUCCGGAGCGCGUAUGCGAUAUCGUGGGCAUAUAUCCUCGGUGAUGUUGGCCAUGAAGGGUGGAAGGCGUACAAGAGAAACCAGAGACUGCUAUAUCCUCAAGGCAAAGAAUAUUUCGACGCAAGCAAGAAAGAGCCCAUGCCUGCAACUCAAGACGUACCACAAAAAGGACCAGUACAUAUACCCGCCAUCGAGGAUUAUCGGAGUGUGAUGGCGCAACGAGCCGUCUUCCAGAGCAUUGCCUCCAUGGGGCUGCCUGCCUUCACCAUUCACAGUAUCGUGAAGUAUUCUGGAAAAGCACUGAAGAAUGCUUCAAAUGCAACAAUAAGGACAUGGGCUCCUAUCGGGCUCGGUCUUGCCGUGGUUCCUGCGCUACCUUAUUUGUUUGACAAACCUGUCGAGGAGGCCGUUGAAUGGUCUUUCUACAACGCAUUCCGUGCCAUGGGCGGGGAGAACGCUGUGGGACAGAAACAUGCUCAUGGAAGAGAAGCAGAACAGGUCGAUGAGGCAAGGGCUGCGAAGGAAAAGAAGGACUCAUAG